UCGCGACCAACGUGCUUGCUUGCCUACCUACGCUCGCGCGAUUCUCGACGGCCAAACAAUCGUUCGGACCUCGUCAGUGCUCGGUAAAUAUUAUCUUUUCGCGGCGACGGCGACUCGUCGUCGUCGAGUGAACUCAACCCCCGUACGAUACUUCGCUUCCGUUUCGUCGACGCGCGCUCGUCGAUAAACCAAACUACCCCGACACCGCGACCAGUCCUUCUUCGUCGCCGAUCGUCGCUGGAUCGUUCUCUCGGUUUCGCUAGCAGCGGAGAUAUGGGAAGAACGCUGCCCAGUCCGGUCGAUUGCAAGGUUUGCGGGGACAGAUCCUACGGCAAACAUUACGGAAUCUACUGCUGCGACGGUUGCUCCUGUUUCUUCAAGCGAUCCGUGCGUCGCGGAGCACUGUUCGCCUGCAUAGGUUCGUUUCCACGAUCACGCUCGCUCGUUCGCGACACCGUCCGCCGUAAAUCGGUCUCGAUCUUUUCAGCCGGCACGGGGACGUGCGCCGUCGACAAAGCGAGACGCAAUUGGUGUCCGCACUGCCGUUUGAAGAAGUGCUUCACCGUUGGCAUGAACGCGGCAGCCGUUCAAGAGGAGAGAGGACCGCGCACCGUUCGGAACAAGAUCGCAGCCGUGCACGGAAUCGACUCGCGAAAUUCUUAUGCGCGUAAGCCGUCGCGAGCAGCGUCGUCUGUUGCCGUUUUCGAGAAGGAAUCGACCGCGACAACGAUCACCGCUACCGGAAGCUCGGACUUUCUUCGGACAUCGACGAGAAUCGGCUUCGCGGGUAACGAAACGGCGCCGUCUUCGAACGGCGUUAACGACACUAGAUUGCUUGCAGGAGCCACGACGCGACACGAAAUCGCCGCUCAGAUAUUUCUCGCGACGGUGCGAGCCGCUCGACGGCAUCGAGAAUUCUCGAUGCUCGAUUUCCAAGAACAGAAUGGAAUUCUUCGAAAGGGAUGGGCCGCGGCGUUCGUACUGCGCGCCGCGAUUUGGCCGCUGGAUUUGACCACUUUUUGGCAAACCGACGUCCUCUCGGUCGGCGGGGGUGCGCGUGAAAUUUUGCUCGCGGCACGCUCCACAGUCUUCGACUUGCGACUCGAUCGAAUCGAGAUUUCGAUCCUGGAAACCUUGUCGCUCUGCAGACCCGAGAUCGCCGAAACGACCAACGGCUUCCGGCUCGCGUCGAAAGCGACGGACUCUGCGCUGGAAACGCUUGUUCGACAUCUCGCCGCGCGAACGUCCUCGCUCGCCGAGCGAUCUCGCAGGCUGGCCAAAAUCAUGUUGCUGCUACCCGUUCUGACGGCUUGCUGUCCCAGACGUUUAGCCACGGAUCUCUUCGCGCCUAUCAUCGGACGCGUCGAUUUCGAAAAAGUGAUAGCGGCUGUGCGCUGAUCGAGAUCCACCGUUCCAACGACGAUCGAACGAGGAACAAAAGGUUUCGAUGAGGAAGGAAAGAAACUCGAUUUUUAUUUUCUUUGGCACUUUAUUGACGCAAGUGAUAUGUACAAUUACUUAAAGUAAUAUGGCGCAUCGGUAUAAAAUAGAGCCGUAGCAACUCGUGGCACGCGAGCUAGUCGAAAAUUUCGAUCCGAACGCGCCGAUCGUCUUUCGGUUAUUGUCGAUAAACGUCGGUAACGAAGGGUAGAAUUUGUGAGCGAUACGACGCUUGUAAGAGCGUGUUUGUCCGACGACCGGAUCCCCGAACGAGAUUCUCGGCUAUCUCGACGAGAGUACUCUUUACGGCUCUAUAGCACGUAGAAAACGAUGAGAAAGCAUCGA